UUGGGGGGGGUGGGGCGAGGGAGGAGCCGUUGGGGGGUGGGGCGAGGGAGGAGCCGUUGGGGGGCGGUGCCCAGGCCAUUACCCACCAUGCACUGCGGCAGCGGCUGCUGGCUGGGGGGGGCCCUUUGGGGCUCCCCUUCCCCCACCUUCACCUGCAUCUACCUGUGAGUCGGGGGCUCCCCUCCCCCACCCCAACCCCUCCCACACACACACACCCCCCCCGGGGGGGGGGAGGGGAACCCCAAAACCCCCCCCAUUUUACCCCUCCUCCCCCCCCCCCCAGGUACCCCCCAACUGUCGGGUUUUACCCCACCGUGGGAGGGGGAUGGGCAGCCGCGUGGCCGCCCCUCCCCCUCCAGCCCCUCCCCCCGCUCUCGGCGGUUCUGGGGGAGUACGAGGCCAUCAUGGCCGCCCUGGCCCCACCCGCGGAGGAGGAGGAGGAGGAAGACGGGCCCUCCCCGGACCCCCUGGACGGGCUCUGGGACCCCCAAGUCGUGCGGCAGGCCGAAGCCACACUCUCCCCCCGCUUCAUGGCCGCCCUCCUCGCGCCGGGGCCCCCCCGCGACCCCCAGGAGCUGGCGGCCAUCUUGGAGGAGGAGGAAGAGGAGGAGGAAGGCUUGUGGGGGGCGUCCACACCCAAGAUGGCUGCCGCCACACCCAAGAUGGCUGCCGCAGCCUCUGACCCGCCCGAGAUGGUGGCCGCCGCACCAGAAAUCCCGCCCCCUCUCAAGAUGGCCACCGCACCCCCGCCCCCACCCCCGCGGAGGCAGAGCAGCGCCGCAGCCGCCAAUGGCGGGGUGGGGCGGGGCCCUUGACACACGCGGCCAAUCAGCAGGCUUUAUUCCCA